AUGGUCAAGGCAAACUUGACAGUCAUUUCCAAUUUUAUUUUCCUGGGGUUUACUCCUUACCCCAAAGUUGAGGUCAUCAUAUUUGUGCUGUGCUUGCUGAUGUACCUGAUCACCCUGCUGGGUAAUAUCAUUCUGAUCUCCAUCACCAUCCUGGAUUCCCACCUACACAAACCCAUGUACUUCUUCCUCAGCAACCUCUCCUUUUUAGACAUCUGGUACACCUCUUCUGCUCUCACUCCAAUGCUGACAAACUUUGUUUCAGGGAAACACACCAUCUCAUUCUCAGGAUGUGCCACUCAGAUGUACUUUUCUCUUGCCAUGGGCUCCACUGAGUGUGUGCUUCUGUCCACAAUGGCGUAUGACCGGUAUGUGGCCAUCUGCAACCCUCUGAGAUACCCCAUCAUCAUGAACAAGAGGGCUUGUGUGCAGAUUGCCGCUGGCUCCUGGGUGACAGGCUGCCUCACCGCCCUGGUGGAAACAGUAUCUGUGCUGCAGCUGUCUCUCUGUGGAAGUAGCAUCAUCAAUCACUUCACUUGUGAAAUUCUGGCUGUCUUGAAACUAGUUUGUGUGGAUACUUCCAGGGUGCAGUUAAUCAUGCUGGUGAUCAGCGUACUACUUCUUCCUAUGCCGAUGCUCCUCAUUUGUGUCUCUUACGCAUUCAUUCUCUCCAACAUCCUGAGAAUCAGCUCCGUGGAUGGUGGAAGCAAAGCCUUUUCAACAUGCGCAGCCCACCUGACUGUGGUGGUUUUGUUCUAUGGGACAGCUCUCUCCAUGUACCUGAAGCCCUCCGCUGUAGAUUCACAGGAAACAGACAAAUUUAUGGCUUUGGUAUAUGCUGGAUUAACCCCCAUGUUGAAUCCUAUCAUUUAUAGUUUACGGAACAAAGAGGUAAAAGCAGCUGUGAAAAAAUUGCUGAUUAGGAACCCUCUGUGUGCUUUUUUAAUCCCCCAUAGCAAAUCAUAA